CUUGCAGGGACUCACUCUCUGAAGUAUUUCUGCACUGGGUCCUCUCAAGUCCCAAACUUUCCAGAGUUUGUGGCUGUUGGUUAUGUUGAUGAAGUUCAGAUCGGUUACUAUGACAGCAACACAAUGAAAGCAGAACCCAAACAGGACUGGAUGUUGAAGACAGGUUCACAGUACUGGGAGAGUCACACUCGGAAGGCUUUCGAUGCACAGCAGAGAUUCAAAGUCGAAAUGGAAAUCUUAAAGGAACGCUUCAACCACACUGAAGGUGUCCACAUUUACCAGUGGAUGCACGGUUGUGAAUGGGACGAUGACACUGAAGAAGUUAAAGGUUAUCAUCAGGGUGGUUAUGAUGGAGAAGACUUCAUAUCAUUGGACCUGGAGACAGAGACGUAUAUCGCUCCAACACCACAGGCGGUCAUCACCAAACUGAAGUGGGAUACUAAUAAAGCUCUACUUGCAUAUAAUAAGAACUACUUAACCCAGGUGUGUCCUUACUGGCUGAAGAAGUUCCUGGAGCUUGGGAAGAGCUCUCUGCUGAGAACAGGUGAAAUCACAUAACCUCCAUGAACAUGAUGUUCCUCUUUCAUUUCUUACUCUC